AAAACUUUUUUUUUUUUUUUUUUUAAUAAAAUUAGAAACUUUUUUGCAGUCAAUUCCCAAACUAAUCCCUUAUUGAUCGGCCAUCGCCGCUCCGAACGUUCUUCUUCGUCGUCGCAAAAUUUCAAGGAUAGGAUUUCAAUUCUUCUCUCCCGCCAGAUUCCCAGUAGAACAUCAUAGAUUUGAUUUCCGCAUAUGGCUCCUUGAGAUCCUCUUCAGUAUCGGAGAAUCAGAGGUUCAGAGAGUGACGCAUCCACGAUUCCGGCCGUGGCGGAGGAGAAGACGACGAUGCGAUUGGGGAAGGGACGAUGAGCUGAGACAUCGCAUCGUGGAGAAAUGAAUGUGAGCCAUGCGACGGUUCACCCGGCCGAAGAUCCCCCUACUACCGACGGCGCGAAUGCGCCCAUGGUCAGGAUGAAGGACAUGGAAGGAAUGCCCGGCACCCGCGGAGGACUCGCUUUGCGAUUCUUUCAGUUUCUCUUUGCGGCGGCGGCGCUGGUUGUCAUGGCUACUACCAGUGAUUUCCCUUCUGUUACUGCCUUCUGCUAUCUUGUUGCAGCAGCUGGUUUGCAGAGUUUGUGGAGCCUCUUUUUGGCCUUCAUUGAUAUAUAUGCUCUAUUAGUGAAGAGAUCCUUACAGAAUUGCAGGAUAGUCAGCUUAUUCACUAUUGGUGAUGGUAUCACAUCUACCCUCACAUUCGCUGCAGCUUGUGCUUCGGCAGGCAUCACUGUUCUUAUAGACAACGAUAUUGGUAGCUGCAGCGAGAACCACUGUGUACAGUUUGAAACUGCAACGGCCAUGGCGUUUAUUAGCUGGUUUACUGCGUUGCCUUCGUUCUUCAUGAACUUCUGGUCUCUUGCAUCCCGAUGAAUUUGGCUUGGCUCUUAUUAGCUACUUUACUGCGUUGUCUUCAUUCUUCAUGAACUUCUGGUCUCUGCAUCCCUAUGAAUUUGGCUAUCAAACUUGAAAGAUAUUGUUACUGUUUCUUGCUGUUUUAUGAUGUGAUGUUUUGUAGAUGUCCUGAAAUUGAAUCUUGUAAUGCCAAUGUUCAGAAUUUGUAGUUAAGGUGAUAAAUAUGGGUGCUUUGAUUUGGACGUUGGUUCAUCACUUGAUCAUUCAUUAUUGCACUAUCUGAUGGCAAUGGAUCACAUAUAAACACAAAAUAUUGUAAAUUUACUUUGGAUUUUGGUUUCAGCAAUGCAUCAACAUUUUC